UUUGCAUAGCAUUCAGCUACAUGAUUUUGUCCUGAGGAGGCAAGCUCUGGGGAAAGCUCUGAAAUGAGCACAUGAGAAAGUGAACUAAACAAUCAUACAGAUAGAACACGCCCUGGUGUGCACAAUCGACUGUUACAGAGUGAAAAAAACAAAGGCAAAAUCAGUGGAGAGACCUUCUCAACAGGACACAGGCUGAAAAUUUACUCCUUCAUAGGUUCCAACACACAUCUGAGCUGAAAAAAAAAUCAAUGAUGUCAACCGAAUGUGCGCCUCCACUAGAUAUCUCGGAAGACAGAUUGAAUAAGCGGGAACAGCACUGCAAGCUUUUAGACAAUCUUUCUGAGCAACUGAUAAGAAGCUGUGAUAUUCAAAUGAAGUCAAGAAAAGGCAAAAGUGCUCAGGUGCUCCAUAGCGUGGAGCUAGAACAGAAACUGCCGCGCAGAAAAGACACGCCUGCUUUAAAUCAACCCCCUGUUAUAGCAGAUUUUUCGGAGAGAUUGUUACAAAAGUUUGAUGCAAUGGAAAAACAGCAAAAGAAUCAACCCAUGACAUCUGUCCAUAAGAACGAGCAGGGGUUGAAGAAACCAAGGAGAAAGGAUACACCAGUAUUAAAUACAAUCCCUCUUCUCCCAGGAAAAAGAUUGGUCAAAGAAGGAAGAAAAACAAUUAUUCCAGAAGAUGAAGAAAAGGAUGGAUAAGGCUGCAGUUUAUUAACAUGCAUAACUUUUACUAUUAGUGGCCUCAUUUACACAGGUGGUGGUAGUGUGGUAGUCUUGGAUAAACAAAGUGUGACACAAACAUUUUAUAUCUCUUUUUUACUGUGAUGUGUGCAUUUGUUUUUACUUCAUUGUGUAAUGAAAUGAUAAUGGUUGUAACCAAAUAAUGUGUGGGAACCUUUUCCUUAAUAAAAGCAGCUUUAU